AUGUACUGCAGAAGGAUACCAAAUUCAAAUUUUCUGGAGGAAUUAAAACUGAUUGAUUCAGAUAGAAGAAAAGUUUGCUAUGAUGUCAAUGUCCAUAUUUUGCAAAGUAGACAGCUAAUUGUGCUCUUUUUGCGUCAAGCGCACUUCGCAGUUGCUGUUAGUUGCGAUUGGAAAUUUAGUGGCAAACUAUUCUACUGUAAUCCAGAUGAUGUCAGCAAACUUUUAUUCAUUUACGAACAUCAAAAAACAUGCACCAAUUUGAUACUAUUCGACAAAGGCAUCAGCUUUUUCUGUGCCUUAUCGGAUAACAUGCUUGAAAAAAUCACAUACUUCAACAGUGAGUCUCAUAUAAAGUUUAUCAGGACAAGAAGUACAUCGUUAUUCUUGAAAGAGAAUAGUAAUAUUGUUCUUGUUACCAAUGAUACAUCCAGUCGUGCCGGCUUUUAUGAGAUGAAUAUUUUCGACAAUGUUUAUGUAGAGCAACUUGCCAAUGACGAUAUCUACAAUAGCAAAGCUCAACUCACUAUUGGAUUGCUUGAAUCCAAGAAAUACGCAGUGACUUUUACGGAAAUCCAUAAAAAAAAUUCCGAAAAUAUCUCUUUACAGCGAGACUUGGCUAAUUAUAUUACUAUGUAUCAAACAAAGAUAGUCAAUCAAACGAAAUGGUACUGUAUCGCGCGAUUUGAUGAAAGUGGUUAUAUGGAUGCUAAGAGACAUAAAAACCCAAAUUUCAAAAAAUUUGUGCUAACGUUGUAUGAAAAUAUUGUUGAAUCAAAGAAAGGAAUGAAUAUUUUUAAGGAGUCUGUGGUCAGGUAUGAAACAAUUGAUGAAGUGCACUUUAAUUAUGCUAUCAGAGCAGUGAUACUUAUGAUACCGAUUUUAAGUGUACUUUUAGCUGCUAUCAUUUUAAUCGGUUCGUACAGAUGA